AUUUGAAGUCUAUUUUCAUAAUUGAGUGGUAUCUGUUCGAGAGGAGAGAGUAAUCAUCCAAAAAUCGAUCUGGAGCGAGCAGUGGUCUGUGAACUCGAGCUGUGACAGUGCUGAGACUGUUUGGUUGAUAUCUCAAGUUUUACCAAUCCAAUUAAGGCGUGUGAGAUACCAAAAGAAAGCUCUCAAGACGAGGAAUCCGUGAAGGUCUUGUUUGCAUCAAUCGGAGUAGAGGAAGGCUUCCAAAUCGUCCGAGCAGAACGCGACCUCGCAGGAACGGAUUUACUCUUCUAAGAAUCGAGUUAGCCGGAAAACACCCGUUCUAGGGGCUGUUUUCGUAUCAACGAUUAGGGGUCGGAAUAGCAACUUGAGGAGGCUGUUUAGCACCCAUUUUCAAGCAAGGAACUAGUCCCCAAUCUUCCUUGGCCGAGGCUUUGGUCAUUGGAUCGAGAAGGAAGGUUUUAAAGCUCAUUUGAGGUUGAGGCUAGAGCUUACUUCCUGUGCUCGUUGCUCGAGAGAUCAUCUAGGAGGGAAGACUUGAAAUGGACGGUGGUGGCAGGGUUACGAGAAAGAACCCGAUGGGCCGUGCACCGGUAGCGACCGGGCAGGGAAGCCGUGGGGCCUCUAGAGUAUCUAGAGGGGCGAGCCGUGGAGGCCGAUCGCACACGGUGAGCGACGGUCAUGUGGACACCGAGGAUGAAACCUACUGGUCCUAUGAGGACUCGACUUACCAACCGGAAACCGAGCCGGUUGAGACCCCUUACGAAGGGGAUGACGAUGAUGUAAGUGAUGAAGAGGGGGAAAAUGACUCCCUAGCAAGAAUUGAGGCGCUGCUCCAACAAUAUCAGCGGGAGCGCGAGGAAAGGAGGGAACGCCGAAGGCGCCGGGGAGGGCAAACUUCGGGUGGGGCUUCAAGAGGAAGAAGCCAUGGCGACUCUAGGGCCCACAUUGAACCACAUGGGGGCCGGGGUGAUGGAGGUCCAAUCAUAAGGAUCUCAAAAUUUCUCAAAGAGGCGAGAGACUUGGGGUGCAAACCCUUCAACGGAGCGGGCGACAUCUCGGUCGCCGCGGAAUGGAUCAAGAGGUUGAACGAAGCAGCCCUUGAUAUGCAACUCACCCCCGAAUUUAAACUAAGGGUGGCGGUGAGAUUGCUUGAAGGGAUGGCAUCCACAUGGUGGGACGGAGCCAAGGGGAAGUAUGGCAAUACUGUGACUUGGGAGAAUUUCCGACAGGAGUUCUUUGCCCAAUACUAUUCUGAUUUUGAGGUGAACGCUAAGAGGAGAGAGUAUACCCUCCUGACCCAAGGAGGCAAAAUGACGGUGAGGCAACUUGAACACAAAUUCAGGGAGCUCGCGGAAUUCAUACCGGAGUAUGUGUGUGACGAGAACCGGAUGGUAAAUCACUUUUGGGAUGCCCUAGACCUGGAGGUGCGUGAGAGGGCAACGCAGUUGCCUAACAUGACCUUUAGCCAAGUGGUCGAGCAAGGGUUAAAAGGAGAGAAAGAAUGGGAAGAGAGGAAGUUGAAAAACGCCGAAGAGGCGAAGAAGAGAAAGUGGGAGAACCUUGGACCUCAAGGUCCUAGCAAAAAGGGGAACCAUGGGGGAGGGGGGUCUUUUCGGACACCCCCACUGCCAUCUAGGGGAAGUCAAGGCCCGGGCGGGCAAUCACAAGCCUCGGGGGUGACUCGUUGCAAGAAUUGCAAGAUGAACCACCCGGGGAAAUGUCGUGACCCUCCUAUAUGCUACCAAUGCGGGAGCACCGGUCACAUGAAGAUGAGCUGCCCACAACUGGGCGGGACGAGGGCAUCAGGGCCAAGUAGUGGUAAUACCGGGACACGGAAUCAAGCCGGGACUUCACAAGCGUCUAGGGGGCAAGGGGGAGCAAGCGCAAGCAACGCGCCGUCCGUGAAUCAAGGAAGGAGUCAAGCUAGGGUCUACGCGAUGACGGAGGCGGAUGCUCAAGCUAACCCGGAUUCCGUUGCAGGUAUUGCCUCUCGUAUACUAGUGUUUUAUCCUUAAUUAGUCCAUAAAUUGAAGUUAUAAAUCCUAGAAUCCAGGUGGGAGCAGACGUAAGAUUGAAAUGGGAAAGGAGAGCAAAACCAUGCUACUACCCGACCGGGUAGGGCAAUAAACCCGACCGGGUGGGACGAGUUUUUGCCCUCGUAAACCUUCUGGAUCGCAUACCCGAUCGGGUUUGGUAAUGAACCCGACCGGGUAGGCCAAGUUUUUGCACUCAUAAGUCCACUGGAACACAUACCCGACCGUGUAUGGUGGUAUACCCGACCGGGUUUGUCAAAAAUUUCUGCCCGACACCUUCUGGAACACAUACCCGACCGGGUAUGGUGGUAAACCCGACCGGGUUUGUCAAAAAAAUUCUGCCCGAACCCACUGGAACUUAUACCCGAUCGGAUAUAGUAUGUUACCCGAUCGGGUACACCUCGAAGUGUUCGUCAAAUGAAAAAGUUGUCUUCAUGAAAGUUGUAGAUAUUUUCAUUGUCUAAAUGAUGGAAUUUGAAUCGAACGAUUUGGUUAAGUAUGUGAAGAGAUAUGAUCAAAACGGUGAGACAGUGUCAAUUUAUAUCUCAACUGCGAACGUCAACCAUAAUUGGGGGAUUUUGCCCACUUUAAGGACAUGAUUUCGCAUUAUGUUCUUCGUAGGAUUGGUCGGUAUGUUAGAGAGGUAUCUUACAUGGCUUAUAAAUGUAGGAACACUAAAGAUUAAUGGGAGAUGUGCGAGAAUCCUCAUCGAUACCGGGGCGCAACGAUCAUUUGUGAGUGAGGCAUUCGUCGGGGGAUUCAACGCACCCCUGGUACCGAUGGCUCAAGCCCUAUUGGUAUCCACACCCCUAGGGGAAGACAUCGAGAGAGAUAGCCACUAUCCAUCGUGUGAGGUGGAAGUGGAGGGCCAAAACUUGUAGUGUGAUUUCGUGCCGCUGAGUAUGAUUGAGUUCGAUGCAAUCCUGGGGAUGGAUUGGCUUGAGAAGCAUCAUGCUAGGGUCGAUUGUUACACGAAAGUACUUGAACUCGAAGGCAAUGAAGGGGUAACCUUACGCUUCGAGGGGGAUAGGGCAAAACCCAAUAGUUGUAUCAUAUCCGCUGUGAGGGCUAAGAAUAUGAUGAGGAAGGGAUGUCACGCAUAUCUAGCGUAUGUGGUGGACAAAACCAAAGAAGAGACGAGCAUUGAUGAUGUUAGGGUAGUAUGCAAGUAUCGGGACGUCUUUCCUAAAGACUUACCGGGACUUCCACCCGAUAGGGAGAUUGAGUUCGUGAUCGAGGUCGAGCCCGGCACCAAACCAAUCUCCAUACCGCCAUACCGUAUGGCACCCGUUGAACUUAACGAGUUAAAAACCCAAUUGCAAGAGCUUUUGGAUAGCGGUUUCAUCAGACCAAGCCACUCCCCGUGGGGAGCACCAGUCCUUUUUGUGAAAAAGAAGGAUGGAACACUUCGAAUGUGCAUUGACUAUCGUCAACUGAACAAGGUCACAAUCAAGAAUAGGUAUCCUUUGCCUAGGAUUGAUGACUUGUUUGAUCAACUACGAGGAGCAACCGUGUUUUCAAAGAUUGACUUGAGGUCGGGGUACCAUAAAUUGAAGAUUAAGGAGGAUGACAUACCGAAGAGUGCUUUCCGCACGAGGUAUGGGCAUUUUGAGUUCCUUGUUAUGUCAUUCGGGUUAACAAACGCCCCGGCGGCAUUCAUGGACAUGAUGAACCAAGUAUUUCACAAAUACUUGGACCGAUUCGUGAUUGUGUUCAUUGAUGACAUCUUGAUCUACUCAAAGAGUGAGGAAGAGCACGAGGAGCACUUGAUACUCGUUCUUGAGACACUACGGGAGAAGCAACUCUAUGCCAAGUUUUCUAAAUGUGAAUUUUGGCUUUAAGGAGAUUGGUUUUCUCGGGCAUGUGGUCUCGGGAUCGGGAAUUGCUGUUGAUAAUAAGAAGAUAGAGGCCAUUAUCGAAUGGGAGAGACCAAAGAAUGUCAAGGAAAUUCGUAGUUUCCUUGGAUUGGCAGGCUAUUACAGAAAGUUCGUGGAAAAGUUCUCUGUUUUGGCGUCGCCGUUGACGAAGCUCACUCGAAAGGGAGCUAAGUUUAUAUGGGAUGACAAAUGUGAGAAAGGAUUCAUCGAACUGAAGAAGAGGUUGACCGAGGCACCGGUACUUGCAUUACCCAAACAGGGUGUGGGGUACGAUGUCUAUAGUGACGCGAGCAUCCAAGGGUUUGGGUGUGUGUUGAUGCAGGAAGGGAGGGUAAUUGCCUAUGCUUCACGACAGUUGAAGAAGCAUGAGGUAAAUUAUCCUACCCAUGAUCUAGAGCUGGGAGCAGUGGUGUUUGCACUGAAGAUUUGGAGACAUUAUCUCUACGGAGAGACAUGUCGGGUCUUGAGGGAUAUGAUUAAGACGAUGAAGAGUGAGAAACUCUCAUCCCUCACUACAAAACAGACGGCCUAAUCAUGUACCGGGAAUUCCGGCACCCAUACCGCCGGAAUAAGCACUAUGUCCACGAAGACUACAAUCACGGGUACACACCUCGCUUCAACAAUUGGAAUCGAGACAGGGACAGAUUUCCCAAUCCCCAACUACGCCGCCCUCAACCUCAAGACCGAGGAUCCAGUGCCCAUUUCAACCCAAGGGCAGUUCCUUAUGUGGCCGAUAACUACUUCAGAAGCCACUCUAACAGGUUCUACCACAACGGCAUCUCUAAGCCUCUACUGUCGGAACGGGCGGGCUGGAACCCCAGGACACGACGACCAGAAUAUCUUCAGGAAAAUCUCGACAAUCAACAUCUAGCAACUCUUCGAACCAACCCACAGGAUACAGAGGAUCACUGGCGCACAGUCCACAAGCGCCGACCCUCUGCUACGCAUCCCAACCGGCGAAGAAGGAAACCACUCUCAGAUUUUGAUUGUUCAGUGGUUAAUCGAAAUCGUUAUUUUUGCUUAGAUUCAGAAGAUGAUUUUUCUGUCCAUAUCCCUGCGUAUGAGCAGGCAUUGGUCAAUUAUCCUCAGUCCCACAGCCUUUCUCACCCCCACAGAUACGGAGAAAACGAAAAUCGUAUUCGUAGACAACCUAAAAAUGAUCCGCGCACAUCAGCGAAGGACAGUCGUCUACACCCGCGGACGAAGCUUACAAUCCAGCUUGGAAACCUAAUCGAGGCCUACGGACCAGAGAACGACGAAGAAGACAGAGGAAGACAGGUAGACCAGAGACCUCUAGCUCGGCCAAAAUCACCUCCUGCGACCCUCGUCGGAAAGAGAGGCGAGUACGACGCAGUCGCUACUCCGACACACUCACCUGCGACGGAAAAGUUAGCCCGAAGGAGUGAAGAUAAUUCACCCACAUCGUCGGUGGGGCCACAAUACAGACAUAUGCAGGGUUGUUAUGAACGUCAAUCUGGACAUUUGGAGUAUACGGAAGCUCCCAAAUUGCUCACAUGGGCUGACUUAGUAAGGCCAGACAAGGAUAGACCCGCACCCCCAGCACAGUCCCCUACCAUACCCCUCAAGGAAAUAAUUGAGUUUCCACAAACGGCCUCACAAAAGGUUUCUCGUCUUCUGUCUUUGGUCACGACAGAAGAAAAUCGGGCUGAAACAAAUAUCUUCUACGACGAUUGUGAAAAAUUCUCUUUCUUUGGGGAGGACGGUUUUGACUCGGUCAAAAUUGAAACCAAAAUUUUUAAAUUCGCAGCGACAAAUAGCGAUUUGGUCCUCUUUGAAAUUAAAAAAUCCCAACUGCACAAGAUCCUAAUCAAUCAUGAUCUUGCUCCUCAAAUUAUCCGGUUCCUCUCCCAAGUCACAUAUUUUGACCAGUCUAAUUUUACGCGAUGCAGCAGACGAUUUGGAGAUAUUACGGUUUCCUUGGAAACUAAUAGAUCAGGCAGCUUUAUUAAAAUGGCUAAAAUCAAGGGGGGCUCCAUUCAGAUUCCCAUUGGACAUAAAAAAUCAAGCCUGCUUAAAUUCCUCAAUGUUUUUUCUAAUUUUGUAGGGAUGUCAACGUAUGUGCAGGACGACUCAAUCAAUUUGCAACACGGGAGCACCAUUGAAACCGAAGACCCCACAUCCAUCUCUAAACUUAUUUUUAAUUAUCAAAUCUAUGCAGCAAGUACUGAGAAUCUACAGGUCCACUGUCCAGGGAAGCAACUCCAGCUACCACUGAUCCAAGCUUACUCAGACGCCUCCGACAGCUUUGAGCAUUCUGACGACUCUUUCUUCACAGAUGAUUUUUUGGGACAUGCAACCGAAAAUGACCGUCGACCUCCAAUCUCAUACCCGGAAGAAAUUAGAAAGUCGAAAUUCAACAGAGCGAUUUGCCGCAAAGCAAUUUUGGUAAACUCGGAAAAUUGUCUGCCAACAGACAAUCUGAACACACAACUCAAAAUUUAUAGGAAAUCUCAGAAAAACAAAAGGCGCCACCGCAUGAAGACCAGGUCUCAAUCCAGAGAUUUUCCUUGGGAUUAGUUUCAUGUAUCUUUUCUUUUUAAGUUUUCUGUUUUCUGUUUUUUUUUCCUUCUUCUUUUUACUUCUUUCUUGUACUGUACUGUACCUUUUUCAAUCAAUAAAAUCAAAAACUAAUUUCUCAAAAAAAAAAAAAAAGUACUGGGGAAUACACUAAUUCAAAAAAAAAAAAAAAAAAAAAAGAGACAUGUCACAUAUAUACUGAUCAUAAGGGCUUGAAGUACGUGUUUACUUAGAAAGAGUUAAACAUGAGACAGAGACGGUGGAUGAAGUUGAUAAAGGACUACCAUCUAGUUAUUGAGUACCAUCCAGGUAAGGCAAACGUUUUAGCAGAUGCCCUCAGUCGGAAGAGUUCGUCUGGGGCAUUGUUGACUAGUUUGAGGGCAUUGAGGGGAACUAUGCUGUGCAACCAAUCAAGGUCACCGAUAGAAAGGUGAAGAAACUGAGGAGAAGAGAGGUCCCAAUGGUUAAAGUACUUUGGAAGAGCGAUCAGGUCGAAGAAGAGACAUGGGAAACAGAGGCUUUGAUGAGAUAGCAGUAUGCUUUUCUAUUCGAGUAGAGCUGUGAAUUUCGGGGACGAAAUUCCUGUUAAGGGGGGGUGAACUUGUGACACCACACCCGAACGUCCUUGAAAAAUUUGAUUUAAAAAAAAUUCAAAGUUUAUGUAUUGGAUUUCUGAUUCCCAAAUAAUUGUAAAACGAUUAAUGUUUUACGUAAUUAAUGAUCGAUUAUUGUACUGUUCGAACUCAUAUAUUAGUGACGGGCAUGCAAAUACUAUUCGGGACUUAUCAAUAAAUAAAAGAGCCCAACAUCACCUAAAUAGUGAUACAUGAUCUUUCAAGACAAUUUGAGGAAGGUCGGACGGCCCAAACGUUAUUUUGAGCCCAACCUGCUAAAAUAACAAGUAUUCGAGAAUAGCAUCCUAGACCCAAUCGGGAGUGACCCACACGGCUUAUAGCCCAAUGAUAUGGAUGACAAAUGUCAAAAUAAGUGAUAGGAUGAUUUGAGAUGAAUACAAAUGCCUAUGAUACCAUCUUUGACAUUAUUGAGCUAAAUAAUGAGAGUAUGAUUUUCCUUCUAUAAUGUCCAUCAAGUAAAUUAUUGAGAGGAGCCUACACAUAUUGGAGAUCAAUAAUGUGAUGUAGGAAGUUGACUUGUUAUAAAUAAAUUAGGAUGAGUACAAAAAGACAUCUUUGACAAAAGAUAAAAUAAUAGGACUCAUCUUCCCAUUUUUGGGAGUAUUGGUAGAUAUUUUGGACCCCAAAUUAAUUGGGAUCAAUUGGGAACCACUCCACAUGAUUAUAGUACCUGCAAAACAAGAAAAAUAAGUGAGGAGACUUACCUUGGCCGCACAAGCUGGAGGAGGGAUGCACAAGACUUGAUUGGAAUCAAACUUGAGACCCACCUUGUCAAUUUCCGCACAAAUCAUGGGUGUGGUUUGUCUCCCUCCUCAAAGGGAGUUAUACUCGUCCAAAUGAGGUGUAUAAGGUGUCCUUGGAUAGAAUUUGAAGUCUAUUUUCAUAAUUGAGUGGUAUCUGUUCGAGAGGAGAGAGUAAUCAUCCAAAAAUCGAUCUGGAGCGAGCAGUGGUCUGUGAACUCGAGCUGUGACAGUGCUGAGACUGUUUGGUUGAUAUCUCAAGUUUUACCAAUCCAAUUAAGGCGUGUGAGAUACCAAAAGAAAGCUCUCAAGACGAGGAAUCCGUGAAGGUCUUGUUUGCAUCAAUCGGAGUAGAGGAAGGCUUCCAAAUCGUCCGAGCAGAACGCGACCUCGCAGGAACGGAUUUACUCUUCUAAGAAUCGAGUUAGCCGGAAAACACCCGUUCUAGGGGCUGUUUUCGUAUCAACGAUUAGGGGUCGGAAUAGCAACUUGAGGAGGCUGUUUAGCACCCAUUUUCAAGCAAGGAACUAGUCCCCAAUCUUCCUUGGCCGAGGCUUUGGUCAUUGGAUCGAGAAGGAAGGUUUUAAAGCUCAUUUGAGGUUGAGGCUAGAGCUUACUUCCUGUGCUCGUUGCUCGAGAGAUCAUCUAGGAGGGAAGACUUGGUUCGUGCUUCCUCCAUUCGUUUUUUAAACAUUAAUAAACAUGCUCAUGGAUAUUUUACUAUAGAGCCUGCGUGCUCAUGUUAGCCACGUGUGGCGUUUGUUUUCAAACUAUGUUUUCCGCUAUGUAUUCGAUUGCUUGUUAUGUUGUUUAUGGAUGGCUUUCGUGUAAAUGAUAUUCGAGACGCCUUGUAUAAUAUGAAUGUGUUGGACUGCGGUUGACUAUUCGUAUUGUACGGCGGGUUGUUGACGUGUCCGGGGAGGUCCGGGGCGUGACAUGAUAGGUCAUCGACAAAAUUCAAAUGGAGAUGGACAAUCAUUUCAGUGAGACUGGAACACAAUUACUUAAGUGUGUAGCAUGUCUUGCUCGCAAGAACAAUUUCUCCAAUUUUUGUGAGGCAAAGUUAAUUGAGCUUGCAUCAUUAUAUCCAAAUGAUUUCACAAAUCUAGAUCGCAUGGAACUUGAAGAACAACUUCAAAUUUGGAUCUCUGAAAUGAGAGGGACUGCAAGAUUUUCCAAUUUGCAGAAUAUUGGAGAGCUAUCUCAGAAGAUGGUUGAAGUUGGAAUUCAUACUGUUUUCCACCUAGUUUACCGUCUGAUUGUUUUGGCACUAGUUUUGUGUAGCAUGUCUUGAUCCCAAGAACAAUUUCUCCAAUUUUUGUGAGGCGAAGUUAAUUGAGCUUGCAUCAUUAUAUCCAAAUGAUUUCACAAAUCUAGUUCGCGUGGAACUUGAAGAACAACUUCAAAUUUGGAUCUCUGAAAUGAGAGGGACUGCAAGAUUUUCCAAUUUGCAGAAUAUUGCAGAGCUAUCUCAGAAGAUGGUUGAAGUUAAAAUUCAUACUGUUUUCCACCUAGUUUACCGUCUGAUUGUUUUGGCACUAGUUUUGCCUGUCGCCACAGCUACAGUGGAAAGAGCCUUCUCAGUGAUGAAGAUUAUCAAAACUGCUUUACGCUAUCAAAUGGGAGAUGAUUAUCUUACUGAUUGUGUAGUCUGCUACAUAGAAAGAGAUGUGUUUAGACACAUUGAUAAUGAGGUUAUUGUCCAACAUUUUCAGAACAUGAGGACCCGUAGGUUGGAUUCAGCACCAUUAUGUUAACCCUUUUGAUUAAAUUUGGUAUGUUUUAUUAGUGCAACUUGCUAAGAUUGUUUUAUUAUUAAUGUGAUGAUUU